AUGGAAAAUGAUUGUAGCAAAUUGAGGUAUGGAUAUUAUUGGACCAAUAUAUCCAUCUGCGUCAAAUGGGAUAGAUUUAUUCUGGUCGCUAUUGAUUACUUUACUAAGUGGGUUGAAGUUGCUUCUUAUAGAGCCGUCUCCAAGAAAGUGGUUGCAGAUUUUUUUAGAAAUAACUUGAUUUGCCGAUUUGGAGUGCCAAAAUCGAUCAUAACGGAUAAAUGGGCAAACUUGAAUAGUCACUUGAUGAAUGAGAUUUGUGAUCAGUUCAAAAUUGUUCAUCUCUACUCGACCACAUAUCGUCCACAGAUGAAUGGAGCCAUAGAAGCCGCCAAUAAGAACAUCAAGAAGAUCUUAAGGAAGAUGGUAGAAAAUGAUAGGUCAUGGUAUGAGAUGUUGCCUUAUGCUCUACUAGGGUAUUUUACAACAGUUCGAACCUCCACCGGGGCAACUCGUUAUCUACUUUUUUAUGGGAAUAAAGCUGUGAUACCUGCUGAGGUUAAGAUUCCUUCCUUAAGGAUUAUUCAGAAAGUCAGACUAAGUAAUGAAGAACGGGUUCACGCUCGGUAUGAAAAACUUAUGUUGAUUGAUGAAAAGAGAAUGGUUGUUGUAUAUCAUGGUCAGUUGUAUCAGCACAGGAUGAUUCGUGCCUUCAAUAAGAAAGUAAGAGCUCAAACAUUCGAAGUUGGGCAAUUGGUUCUCAAACGCAUAUUUCUUCACCAAGAAAAUUACAAGGGCAAGUUUGCUCUAAGUUGGUAA